ACUUGGCUAUAUAGGAUUAUACUAUGAAAUGGGAUGCCUGCAUUUUCUGACUUCGCACAGGUGGACCGUGGACGAUGAGUUGGAGCUGUCAGGCCAAAUUUCUUCAUCCCUCCAAAUUUCUUCCCCCAUUCACUUCUGGGGUUACGUUUCCGGUUACGUUCCCGUAAUGCGUAAAUUAACGUCAAUUAUUGCGUGGUUGCCAAGCGUUCUCUGCUGGUUGCUAACAAUGCAAUUUAAUACAAGAUGCUCGCAACUGCCAAGAAUUUACUUCAGACAGCUUGAGAGGCAGAGAAGAUACAUCAGCUUCAGGAGAUCUUAAAAAAACUGUGCGGCUAAGCCUAAUCGCUUCUUCACAUUUGUUCAUAUUCUCUUUACUUAUUCUGAUUAGCGAAUAGUGUUUGUAGUUACUUAAAUCCAAUAUAGUCUAACUUAUUAUUUACAUUAGAUCUAAUCUCUUGUUUUUACUGUUGUAGCUUGUAGCUAGCUAGCUACCUAGAUAGAUCGAUUAAUUUACUGAUUGAUAGAUAAUCAAACAGUGAUAAUCCGGACUGACUGAUUGAUUGAUUGAUUUUAACAACUGGCUGUUUCGCUGUGGAACAUAGUAUUACUGAAUAAAAAUGGUUGUGUCACUAAAUGCCAUUUUUCGCUCUCUCCCAGGGGACUUAUGGUAAGGAUGUGCCAAAGAAUCUGAGGUGGGGUAUACGGUUGGCCUCAGAAAAAUUAGGUCUUCAAGGUGAUUCCCUUUACUAUGGAGACAGGAGGGUAAUUCUGACAGGAGAGGAGAAAGUGGCCGUGCUCACUGAGACCCACGCAGGCCAUUUCGGACCGAAGAGGAUGCGGGAGAAGAUCACUCCUAGGUUUUAUUGCGUGGCAUCACGCAGGACACCCUGGAUUGGGUGCGCACAUGUCCAGAGUGCCAGCGCUUCGAGAAGGUGAAGACAGAAGCACCCGAACUGAGGCCCAUCAAGCUAGUUUCCCCAUGGCACAUGAUUGGCGUGGACCUCUUUGGGCCAGUGGUGAAGUCUACCAAGGGGAACAGGUACUGCCUUACCCUACUGGACUACUUCACCAAGUGGGUGGAAACCAGGACCUUCAUGAAGAAGAUGGCAGCCAAGGUGAAGGAGGCCUUGAGGGACAUCUUCUUCACACAUGGUUUGUCUGAAGUUAUCCUCACCGACCAGGGCAGUGAGUUCAAGAAGGAGCUAACAUCUGACUGUCCAGAGGUAACAGCUUCUGUUGACCCAGACGAAGAUUCGGUGGAGGCCUUUGUGCAGCUCAGGGGUGGCCAAGAUGAGAAGGCUUUCGGAAAGGUGAUCUGCAAUGUGGAGAGGGCCCAGGAGAGACAGAAGCUGGCUUACCAGCGGAAGAUGAAGAGGGGAAUCAAGUGCUUCAUCAUCACCCCUGGUAUGGAGGUCCUCAAGAAGGAUGAGAGGAAGAAGGGUAGGCCGGGGCGUACCAUGGACCCAAGUUGGAGCCAAGCCACAUUUAGGGUUACAGAAGUACUGCCGAACAACUUGGUGCAGCUGGAGACCCUGGAUGGAAAGCCGCUGCGCAUAAAGACACCUUAUGCGUCAGUGAAACCUCUGCGCCAGAGGACACAACCUGGCUGGCCCACUGAGUCCACUCCAGAGUCUGCACCUUCAGGAGAUGCUGAAAUGUGCAGCUUUGAGUCAGAGGAGGCAAUGGAGCUUGAGUAUGUCCUGGAUCCUGAGCGUCCUGCACUGGAACUGAUUGCCAAAGAGGAAGGCAUGUCUCUGGACAACCCAAGGGACCAGAAGUCUUCUCAAGUCAGAGACAUGGACUCCACUAUUGGGAACGCUUGCCUGAGGCUUGCUCAGAGAUAUGUAUGA